CGUGGUCCGGGGGCGGGUCGCCGUCGCCGAUCCUGUGCCACACACGACCACGGUACCAUGUUGCUUCUUCCUCUCCACCUCCGACCUCCCCUCCUUUCCGCCAUUAGUCCUCCCGGAUGAGUAUUAAAUCUGUUCCCCUCCCAAGAAUCGGCAUAUCCAAUCCAUUCAAAAGAGGAAGGGGCGAAAGAAUCAGCAUAGCGCAGCCCUCACCUUCCCCGAUCCUCUCCGUCGGCUCUGCUGCUGUUCCUCCUCGAGGUCGAGGGUCGUCCGUCCGCUUCCCCAUUGCUGUGGACGUUGAGACGAGCGAAUACUUACCUGACGGAUUUUGUCAUCGGCUUGCCUUUACUUUGCUGAAUCAGCAGACGCUGCUAACAUGGAAACAUACACCACGGAUAACGCGCUUGCAGCCAUGGGAUUUGGGAAAUUCCAAGCACUUGUUCUCGUAUAUGCAGGCAUGGGUUGGGUUGCGGAAUCCAUGGAGCUCAUGCUAUUGUCGUUUGUUGGACCGCUGAUACGGGAGGAAUGGAAAAUCUCUGCCCAAGAUGAGAGCCUACUCUCAAGUGUAGUGUUCUUGGGCAUGUUAAUAGGGGCAUGUGGUUGGGGAUUUGUUUCCGACAAAUAUGGGCGAAGGACUGGUUUACUGUUUUCAACACUGUUUACUACCGGAAUGGGUUUCAUGAGUGCUUUAUCUCCUAACUAUUUAUGCUUGAUGGCUCUUCGAUUUCUCGUUGGUGUUGGAGUGGGUGGUGGGCAUGUGUUUUCAUCUUGGUUUUUGGAGUUUGUUCCUGCACAAAAUCGUGGCACUUGGAUGAUUGUUUUUUCCUUUUUUUGGACUCUUGGCACAGUCUUGGAGGCUUCACUUGCAUGGGUUGUGCUACCAGCGUUGAGUUGGAGGUGGUUACUAGGAUUUACCGCCGUUCCGUGCUUUCUCUUGCUUCCUUUCUUUGGAAUUACACCUGAGUCGCCCCGCUAUCUGUGUGCACAAAAUAGAAUGUCUGAUGCAACGCUUGUCCUGGAGAGAAUCUCUAAGACAAACCAAGAGGCUCUUCCUGCUGGAAUUCUCACAUACAACCAUGGAACAGAAGUUGAUCCCAAUGCUCCCACCUGUGAGAUAGAUCAUCUUCUUCCAGUCAAAGAGAAGAAAUGCACACAUGAUAAUGCCAUGAGCUCCAAAUCUGGUAGUGUUGCUGCAUUGCGCAGUCUAUUGUCACGAAAUUUGCGCAGAUCAACUCUUCUGCUUUGGUUUGUUUUUUAUGCAAAUACAUUUGCUUAUUAUGGGCUAGUCUUGCUGACCUCCCAACUGAGUGAUGCAAAUAGAAGCUGUGCAUCUGGGCUGAGAUAUACGAAGAGUGAACAAGAUACCAGCCUUUACAAAGAUACAUUUAUUACUAGUUUAGCAGAGUUUCCUGGUCUAAUUGUGUCUGCUGUUCUUGUUGAAUGGCUUGGCCGAAAAGCUACAAUGUGGUGCUUGCUGUUCACAUGCUGUGGUUUCCUUGGACCACUUAUGUUUCAUCAGACUGAGCUAUGGACAACUGCCCUUCUAUUUGGUGCCCGCGCUUGUGCCAUGGGAAGCUUCACAGUUCUAUGUUUAUAUGCUCCAGAGGUAUAUCCGACAUCAGUACGCUCGACUGGUGUUGGAAUUGCUAAUGCUAUUGGUAGAAUCGGUGGGAUUGUUUGCCCCCUUGUAGCCGUUGGGAUGCUGAGAAGCUGCCAUCAAAUGGAAGCCAUCCUUGUGUUUGAGGUGGUGUUAUGCCUAGCUGCAAUAGCUUGCAUGAUGUUCCCUGUAGAAACCAAGGGCCGUGAUAUGAACUGAUGGUGGUUCAUGGUACAAAAGAAAAAAAAAAACACUUCAAUUCAUCACCAUUCAUAUAAUGUAUCACGCUGCUGCGCAUGAAUGCUAUGUACAGAUCAUUAGUUGUAUAGUAGUAUUAUUGUAUAGUAUUUUAGUGCAUAUGAUAAUGAAGAUUCCUCAAAAUAUAUUUUGGGGUUUCGGAUGUAAUUGGACUUGAUUCCGUGAAGUCCUCAUUCUGUAAAGAAGGACUACGGUAUAUGUACGUAUAUGUAUGUAUCAAUUCUUUCAA